GGCGGGGUGGUGGACAGCUACACUAGGGGCGGCGGCGCAAACGCGUUGCUAGUCGUCUGGUUGUCGUUUGUCGCUGCUGUUAUCGCCGUCGCUGGCUGGUCGGGGGGCAAUUGUGCACAGCGCGCGCGCGGGCCGGACAAGGCCAGAUGCAGGGCUGCUGGGCUGCUGGGCUGCUGGGCUGCUGGGGGAGGGGGCGGAUCCCAGAAGAAGCGAAGACGAUCAGGGCCCGACGGCAGCAAAGGCGCAGCAAAAAGUGCAGAGUCAGGGCGGGUUGGAGGACUUCAAUGUGCAAUGGGGCAGCGUGUACAGUACAGGCAGGCUGGGAGGGAACUGUCUGGCCUCGGAUCGUGGGGUUCCAGAGAGGUGGUGGGAGUGCUGGGCUGAAUGCUGGGCUGGUCUGGUCUGGUCGUGGAGCUGCGGGCCUGACGGGUAUUCUAUUCAAUUCAUCGAUUAUGAUUGCCCUAUCGACAGGGCGCGGGCAACGGGGCAACUUGGCGUCGCGCGUCUUCUAAGCGAUGCCUCCCAUCCACCGUACCGUCCGCCCAAGGCGAC